CUCAUCCAUCACCAUCUACAUUUCAAAACAGAUAAACUAACACACAUAUCCUCGACCAUGUCCGCCCUCCCACCUUCCUACGAUACGGCCAUCCAUCAACCCGGCCAGCACGACCAACAACAACCACCCGCCCAUGGCCAGCAACACCACCAUCAGCACGUCGCGGCUUUCGAGGAAGAUUGGUCCAGUUCCUCCGACGAGUCCGAUUCCGGGCACGCUCGGGUCCCCGGGACAAAGACCAAGCGUCGUCAGCCUACCAAGGAGGAGAUCGAGGAGAGGAUGAGUAUCGAUGAUGAGGAGAGGGAGUUGCCAGAGGGUUGGACGAGGUGUUUCGACAAGGAGUCGGGCCACGCAUUCUACGUAGACACCCGCUCCAAACCCCCCCGCUCGAUCUGGCAGCACCCCUACGACGACCCCACCUACCUCCAAUCACUCCCCGACACGCACCCUGCCAACCCAAACUCUACCGAAGCCAAGCAAGCUAAAGCCAAGUAUGACGAGAUGAUGGACAAGGCCCGGAAGGAAAGGGAGAUGAAGCAGCAGGAGAAGAGGAGCGCAGGAGGAAAGUUGAAGGAUAAGUUGUUGGGGAGUACGAAGGCGGAGAGGGAGGAGAAGAGGAGGAGGAAGGCGGCGCUGAGGGCCAAGCAGGAGGAGGAAGAGAGGAAAGCCCGCCAGAAAUACCUGGAACGACGAGCCGCCUUGAUGAAACAACAAGGACUCGGUGGGGAUUCUUAUCUUUAUGCGAGAGACCCCUACGCGUACUCCCGCCCCUCCUACCCUUACUCUCGAUACGGCGGAGGUUACGGAGGCGGGAUGUACGGAGGGAGCAUGUACGGCCCUCGGUACGGGUACGGUGGAGGGGUAGGGAUGCCGUUGGGAGGCGGGUACGGGUAUGGGAGGAUGGGUGGCGGCAUGGGAAUGGGACUGCCGUUGCUCGGAGGAAUGUUACUCGGGGGCGCCUUGUUCUAGGCUCCUCGUCUCAUCAAGCCUGACAACCCGUCAUGUCGAUAUCGGAAGUUGAACUCGAACCCGUUGAGAUCCGCGACCGGGUCGUAUGUCGGGAAACGCUUUAAUAUGCUCCUAAAAAAAUCGGAACUGUGAAAAGAAGAACAAAAUGUGGAUGUAGUGAUUUAUGAGAUGUACAGUACAGUGUAUCAGCCCGGCUUAUGGAACGUAAUAAGACAGAAA